AAAAAAACUAUCUUCUUCUUCACUAGACUUCCCGCGCUUUUUUCCCGCCGGCGUUGACCACCUCCUCCUCGCCGGCGAUGGAUGCGCCGCCGGAGCGCCUCGUCGCUGCGAUCGACAUGGGAUCCAACUCCUUCAAGCUCCUCCUCGCCCGUUCCCUCCCCUCUGGCCGCCUCCUCCCCGUGAUCCGCCUCAAAGAACCUCUCCCUCUCCUCCGCGGCGCUCCCUUCUCCGAAGAAACCCAGAUCCACGCUAUAUCCGCCCUCAAAACCCUAACCCUAGCUCUCAAGCCUCACCCGGUUCAGUCCCUAAGACUCGUCGCCACUGCUGCCUUCCGUGACUCCCCCAAUCGAUCCGAGCUCGUUGCCGCAAUCACCGCUGAGCUAGGGCUCAGAGUUCACGUCAUCUCUGGUGAGGAGGAAGCGAGAUUGACCUAUCUCGGUGUCCUCCAGUUUCUCCCCGUCUAUGAAAGGUUGGUUCUUCUUGUGGAUAUCGGUGGGGGUUCGACCGAGCUCUUGAUUGGAAAGCAGGGUAGGGUUUUGUUCGCGACUUCUUUGGAGCUAGGGCAUCUUUCUCUGACUGAGAAUUUUGUGAAGAAGGGGGAUUUGAUUGGGUUGAGAAGCUUUGUGAGAGAAGUGAUUGGGAAAUCGGAUUUUGCGGAGAAGAGCAGGGAACUUGGGAGAAUUGAGAUGGUUAUUGGGUCUUCGGGGACUGUUCGAUGGAUUGGAAGGGCAAUUGCUCGUGAUUUGAUAAAGGGGGAGUUUAGAACGGAGUGGGGGUUUAGCAGGGAUGAGUUGGGGUCUAUGGUAGAGAAGUUAGGAAUAGGGGAGGAAGAAAAGGUGAGAGCUUUUGGGUUUUCGAGGAGGAGAGCGGGAGUUAUUUUUGCUGGUGCGGUGUUGUUGCUAGAGAUAUUUGAUGCUUUAGGUAUCAAAGAGAUGGAGAUUUCAGAGUAUGGAUUGGUGGAAGGAGUUAUUGUAGAGAUGAUCGCAAAGGAGAAUGUGGAUUAUGACUGGAGUGCUAAUGCAAGAUGGAGAUCUGUGGUUUCACUUGCUGCAAGGUUUGAUGGAGGCAACAGGAUGAAGUCUGCUUUUCAACGUGUUGGAGUUGCAAAGGACAUUUUCUACGGACUCAAGAAAUGUUAUGAUCUUGUUGGCAUCAGCGGAGCUCCAAUUUCUUUUGAUGAGAAGGAAUUUGAGUGCCUUGAGGCUGCCUUAUUGCUUUGUAAUAUCGGAAAAGUGAUUGGAAAGAAGGGUUAUCAUAAACACUCUUACUGUAUUAUCAAGAAUUGCGGACAUCUUCCCGGUUAUAGCUCAGAAGAGAUCAAGCUUAUUGCCCUGCUUGCAAGAUAUCACAGGAAAAAAUUCCCAAGAAAGGAACAUGAUUCAGUAAAAGAACUUCAUGCAGAGAUGAGACAUAAGUUUAGAGUUCUUUGUGUGAUCAUACGAAUUGCUCUUGUCCUUCAAAAAUGCCAAUUUAUGGCUUUUAAGGAACUGGAAGUCUUCCAUUCACCAGAAGGUUUCAAUGUGGUACUCAGUGGAGUAAAUGAUGGAUUAUCUGUUGCUGGUGAUCUGCCACCAGUAACACUCAUUCAGUCAGAACUGAAUCCGGAAUUGGAUCAUUUUGAAGAGAUUUUCCACCAGAAACUUUUGGUAUCAUUUCCUCAGAAAGCAUUGGGAGGUGAACAAAAUACUGUACAUACCUAAUAGGAUUUUGUCAAUAAAGCAUCAAUCAUAGCUACCUCAAUCAUAUCAGAUUCCAAACGCUGCAAAUGUGCUUAUUGUAGAUUAUACUACCAUCCUGCAAAGUUAAGUUCAGAUGUACUUUUCCCUUCUGUUCAACAGGUCCAACUUCCAAUUGACUCAUAUAGUCAUAUGUCGUCAUACAAUUGAUUGUUCCACAUUUAGAAAUACGUAUUAUUUUAGGUUUUAUAUCAUAAACACAUGUAAUUAUUUUGUUGUCUCAUUCAUUAUUAUUUUGUACAUCUGAGAGAGACUGAAACACUGUUUUUCUGUGUUAUAAGUAGGGUAAAUUUUUCAUGUA